AUUCACUGUUAUUUUUUUUUUUUUUAAUUCACUGUUAUUUCAUGGCGCGAAUUUAAUAUUUCUGUUAAUUAUGAUUAUAUCGUCGUUACUAACAAUAACCAAAUAAAGUCGAAUAAAUUCGUUGGCCUUCUUUCUUGAAACAUGAUCAUCACACGAACAAGAUAGGCCUUUUAAUAAGGGAAACCAAAAGGAGUAAUUAGAGCCCUGAAAAUGGCGAAUUUAUUCACUGCUACGGCUCCUUUCCUCUCACUCUCAAAGCCGUUCACCAAAACGGCACCGUACCACCAGUGUUGUGCCUCUUCUUCCAAUCCGCCGGAGCCUGAGUCGUCUUCUUCUUCUUCUUCUUCUCCUUCUCCUCCUCCUCCACCUCAACCGCAACAGAAGAGGAAGAAGACCGUCGAGACGACGGAUUGGGUCGCUUCUUCCUUGACUCGGCGGUUCGGAAUCGGGGCUGGUCUUGCCUGGGCGGGCUUUCUGGCUUUUGGUGUAAUCUCCGAGCAGAUCAAGACUCGGAUUGAGGUUUCUCAGGAAGUAGCUAACACCAGAGAUGUAGAAGAAGAGAAAGAGAUUGUGUUACCCAACGGCAUAAGGUACUAUGAUAUACGGGUUGGAGGAGGAGCGACACCAAGGGCAGGAGACUUGGUAGUGAUUGAUCUAAAGGGGCAAGUGCAAGGAACCGGACAAGUAUUCGUGGACACAUUUGGAAGCAAAGGCAAGAAGAAGCCAUUGGCCCUUGUGGUGGGUUCAAAACUAUAUAGCAAAGGAUUAUGUGAAGGCAUAGAUUAUGUACUAAGGUCCAUGAAGGCUGGAGGUAAACGCAGAGUUAUUGUUCCACCAUCGUUAGGAUUUGGUGAAGACGGUGCUGAAUUGGAAUCGGGUUUGCAGAUUCCUCCGAAUGCUUCGUUGGAGUAUAUAGUUGAGAUUGAUAGAGUCUCAAUUGCACCUGCUUGAGUUGUGUUUCAAUGCCAAAUCCUUCAACUGGUUGUAUAAGAGAUUAUGAGUGGAAAAUAAAAUAAACUUGUCUUUUGGGGUCGAAUGUUUAUAAACCGAGAUAAACCGGAUCAAAAUCUUCGGUUUGAUUUUCUUAUGUUUACAUAGAUAUAAUAAAGUUACGUAAAUGUA